AGAGAUCGGUGUUUUUAAGGUUAUAGUGUUGUGGAAGGCCAAAAUCUCCAACAAAUUAAAUAUUUAUUAAAAUGGUUACUUUAGAAGUGAAAGCAACGUUGGAAAAUAUUGAAGAAUUUUAUACUAAUCACCCAGACUAUUCAUUCGUUAUAAAAUUAAAAUGCACCAGUUGCGGAGAAGAAUCUGAUAAGUGGCAUGACGUUACCGAAAAUACUACUUUUCCUAGUAGAUUUCCAAAAGCCGAAACUCACUAUAUUGCCAAAUGUAAGCUGUGCGGACGCGAAAAUUGUCUAGGAAUUAAGGAGAAAAGCAAUGGGAAAUACACAAGCAAAGAUCAAGGAUCAUUCAAACCUAUUGUAACUUUUCUCUGUCGAGGUUUUGAGCCCACUGAUUUUAAACCAGUUGAAGGAUGGAUUGCCAAAGCUGAAGAAAGUGGAACCUUAUAUGAAAAUAUUGAUCUUUCAGAAAAAGAAUGGGUAGAUUAUGAUGAGAAAACACAACAGUCUAUUGGCAUUUAUGAAUUGGAAUACAGAUUUGUUAAAUAAUUUUGAGGAAUUUGUUUAAAGCAUUUUGUAUAUUUAUAAAUAUAUUUACCUGCACACAGCA